AUGGCCUUCCUCGUGGCAAGCCGUCGCGAUGGCUACGCCUAUCGCCGUCUACCUUUCUUCACCAAUCUGGAGCUCUCCCUCGGACCUCAUCCCUCAGACGAGGUCGUUUGGUAUUUGGCAGAGACAUUGUACUCGAUCCGGUUGCAGGCGACAUACUUCACUUCCCUGGACUUGUCGUACGCGAACAGGUUGCUCUCUCCUCACCUUCCUCUCGCAUUCGUCAUAGCCUCUCUCACAACUUUGAAGCGCAUCUUCCUCGAGGGGUUCGGAAGAAACUGUGGGUCCAUGAUCCGCCGUAUGCAAUCAGCAUUACUGGACGUCAAACUAUUCCGUGAAGGCAAGAACUGUCGCGAAGGCAUCGAGUUCCCGCUGCUCCAUCCCGACAACGAUCCAAUCCUGCUUCUGCAACCCUUCCAUCUGACCCUCCAGUCCUUCAGAACUGACUUGCCGAUACACGCUCUCCAUGGACUGCGAUAUCUCAAUAUGACCACGCUUAACCUGGGUAACAUCGAAAAGCCUGCUGUCUCGAUCUAUGUCGCAGCUUUCCCGAACCUCUUAAGGCUCGCCAUCUCGUUCAGGACAACGGAUGUGUUACACCCUUCUGGCGAAUCGGACAAUCGGCGAUUGUCCAUCGCUCAACAAGUCCAAUACGAUACCUGGCGCUCACUGGACAAAGUUGAAGGCGAACUGGAUGAUCUCUACAUGCUAGGACUGACCUGCCCCGUGAAUGAAGUUGAGAUAGUUGGGAUUUUCAUGCCCUACCCCUUCUCCUGCUCGCCCGAGGAUACCGCGCAAGCCCACAUGAUCCGGGAGCUGAUGAUGUGUGCUCGGCCUCGACGCGUUGUGCUCGGUUUUGUCGGCACCGCGUGGCUCGUUGACACUUGGAACUUCGAGUUUUUAUGCGAAGAGACUGCCCUUCAAUCACUAGAGUCUCUGGAGUUCCGCGUCAUCGUUGGAGAACCGCAUGAAGACGCGGAACACAUGGAAGAUUUCUUGACCUGCGUCGACAUUGUGCUAUCUUCACUUGGGCCAGCUCGUUUCAGCUUAACGCUGGAUUGGUCGCAAGCAGAGCCGCAGAUGGACGUGGAAAGUGGCCUACUCGUGACUCCUUGGGAUGAGCUCCGCGAUCUGGCUCUGGACGAACAUGUCAGCUGUUUCUUGAGGUCAUCUAGACAAGCCUCCGAAAUGCAUCUCGUCGGCCCCGAUGGAUGGAGAAGAGAUGUCGUGCACUAUUCUAUGGCUCCUCGUAGCAGUGGCAGUGAAAUUCCCGUAGCAUCGGCUUCGAGCGAGGGUGCGAGUCUUGCAGGGGCAUCCGCGUAG